GUCCCGCUGGCCGCCGGGCAGGGCCUGUGCACAGCGCGCAUCGCCGCCGGGGACUGGCGAGGGGGGCGGCGGGCUGCAUCCCAGGGCAGCAUGGAGACGCGAGCGGGCAGGCCCUGAGGAGAGAGCCGGGCAGGCAGGAGAGGAGGGAACCGUCGGCUCCGCAUCCCGAGGGACAGGGGACCCUCCUCCUGACUGCUCCCGCGUCCCAUGAAGAGCAGGGAAACCGGCGCCUCCCUUGCCCGGAGAGACCCCCCCGGAGCGCCGGGCUGCAGCGACUGAACGGGACCUGCCUCCCCGCAGCAGAGGAGGAAAAGCUUCAUUGUGCUGGGGGCAGGAGCGGGGGUUGUGUCCGCUUCCUGCCUGCCCCUGUGUCCGCACCCGUCCCGAGGUGCACGGGGAGAGCCCGGCAUCCAUCCCACCGGGAGCCUCCUGCUUCUCCGCAGCCGCGCCGAGGAGAGAGUAAUAUGUGGGAGGCUGUGGACUACGCGCUUCCGACAUAGGAACAGCACUGGGUUGGGAAUCUCUACUUCUGAGAGAAUGCUGGGAAUCUGCAGAGGGAGACGGAAAUUCCUGGCUGCCUCUCUGACUCUCCUUUUUGUUCCAGCCUUUACCUGGAUUUACCUGUUUUCUGGGAGUUUUGAAGAUGGGAAGGCGGUGUCGCUAUCGCCAAUCGAAUCUCAGCCCCAUAGCCCUCAUUACACAGCCUCGAACCAGCGGGAGCGGGAGAGCCUGGAAAUACGCAUGCGGGAGGUGGAGGAGGAAAACCGGGCACUCCGCAAGCAGCUCAGCCUGGCGCAGAGCCGGAGCCCAACGCACCGUCGUGGCAAUCACUCAAAAACCUACUCCAUGGAGGAAGGGACUGGGGACAGUGAGAGUCUGCGCGCUGGCAUCGUGGCAGGGAACAGCUCAGAGUGUGGGCAGCAGCCAGCAGUGGAGAAGUGUGAGACGAUCCACGUCGCCAUUGUUUGUGCUGGGUACAACGCCAGUCGGGAUGUUGUCACGCUUGUCAAAUCAGUCUUAUUUCACAGGCGAAACCCUCUUCACUUCCACCUCAUUGCAGAUGCUAUUGCCAAACAAAUCCUGGCGACUCUCUUCCAGACCUGGAUGGUCCCUGCAGUGCGCAUAGACUUCUAUGAUGCAGAUGAGCUCAAGUCGGAAGUAUCCUGGAUCCCCAACAAACACUACUCUGGGAUUUAUGGGUUGAUGAAGCUGGUUCUGACAAAGACUCUCCCUUCCAGUCUCGAGCGAGUCAUUGUCCUCGACACAGACAUAACCUUUGCCACUGACAUUGCUGAGCUAUGGGCCGUCUUUCACAAGUUCAAAGGCCAGCAGGUUCUUGGCUUAGUGGAGAACCAGAGUGACUGGUAUCUGGGCAACCUUUGGAAGAAUCAUCGUCCCUGGCCAGCUCUUGGGAGGGGUUACAACACAGGGGUUAUCCUGCUACUUCUGGAUAAGUUGCGAAAGAUGAAAUGGGAGCAGAUGUGGAGACUCACUGCUGAAAGAGAGUUAAUGAGCAUGCUGUCAACCUCGCUGGCUGACCAGGAUAUCUUCAAUGCGGUCAUCAAGCAGAACCCGUUCCUUGUCUACCAGCUUCCAUGUUUCUGGAAUGUGCAGCUGUCUGACCACACCCGUUCUGAACAGUGCUACAGGGAUGUGUCUGACCUAAAGGUGAUUCACUGGAACUCGCCAAAGAAGCUGCGAGUGAAAAACAAGCACGUGGAGUUUUUCCGCAACCUCUACCUGACAUUCCUAGAGUACGAUGGGAACCUGCUGAGGCGGGAGCUCUUUGGCUGCCCCAGUGAGGCAGAUAUCAAUAGUGAAAAUCUUCAGAAGCAGUUGUCCGAGCUGGAUGAGGAUGACCUGUGCUACGAAUUUCGUCGGGAGCGCUUCACCGUCCAUCGCACUCAUUUGUAUUUUCUACAUUAUGAGUAUGAGCCUGCCUCAGACAACACUGAUGUAACUCUGGUGGCUCAGCUCUCAAUGGACAGGCUCCAGAUGCUUGAAGCUAUCUGCAAACAUUGGGAGGGUCCAAUCAGCCUGGCACUCUAUCUUUCUGAUGCAGAGGCCCAACAAUUCCUGCGCUACGCCCAGGGCUCGGAAGUCCUCAUGAGCCGACGCAAUGUUGGGUACCAUAUAGUGUACAAGGAGGGCCAGUUCUAUCCUGUGAAUCUCCUGCGGAAUGUGGCCAUGAAGCACAUCAGCACACCAUACAUGUUCUUGUCUGACAUUGACUUCUUGCCCAUGUAUGGACUCUACGAAUACCUCAGGAAGUCUGUCAUCCAGCUAGACUUGGCCAAUACCAAGAAAGCUCUGAUCGUACCAGCUUUUGAGACCCUUCGGUACCGCCUCUCCUUCCCCAAGUCAAAAGCAGAGCUGUUAUCUAUGUUGGACAUGGGAACCCUCUUCACAUUCAGGUAUCACGUCUGGACGAAAGGGCAUGCACCAACGAACUUUGCCAAAUGGCGGACAGCCACCACACCUUACCAAGUUGAGUGGGAAGCAGACUUUGAGCCAUAUGUUGUUGUGAGGCGGGACUGCCCGGAGUAUGACAGAAGGUUUGUAGGAUUCGGCUGGAACAAAGUAGCUCACAUAAUGGAACUGGAUGCACAGGAGUAUGAAUUCAUAGUGCUGCCCAAUGCCUAUAUGAUCCAUAUGCCGCAUGCUCCCAGCUUCGACAUCACCAAGUUCCGCUCCAACAAGCAAUACCGCAUCUGUCUGAAGACCCUGAAGGAGGAGUUCCAGCAGGAUAUGUCACGCCGCUAUGGUUUUGCAGCCCUCAAAUAUCUCACGGCAGAGAACAACAGCUAGCACGACGGAGCCUGUUUACGGGAAACAGACACUCAAGGGAGGAGCCACUUAACGUUUGGGGCCCAGUCUUUUAACUUGGAACUGAGACACUUUUUUUGUUUUUAUAUCAUACCCAACAGUUCUAACAGUAGAGAGUUGAAGCGAUAUGUCUUCAGACUGUGCUCAUUAGCCACCUCCCUUCCACCCCUGCCCGCCAGGCUUUCAGCGUUAGCAUUCGCAAGGUGUGAAUAAGAGGGCCCAGCCAUGCACCCAUCAUAUCACAAACAGUGCGGAGCGGGGGUGGGACAGGAAUAUGUUUUCUGUUCUCAAAACAGUUGAGCAAAGACAGAUAUCCAGAAAAUAGGAUUUAAUGUUGCUAUUUAAUAAUUCUACAUGCUUUUUAUCUGUAAAGGAAGAUCUUCGGGUCACUGUCCUGUGAAUUUUAAACCCACACUGCUCUAAAAGGGGAACUUUCACCUGUGAAAUUUUGCAUUUCCCCUCUUGAUACGGAUGACUAUUCUAAUGAAGGGCAAGAUUUGAAAUAGCCUUGAAAAUGAAGGGGAAGCAUAUAUCAUAUCCCACUAUAGAGAAGGUGUGCUAUAGGCUGAGGCAUAUCCAUGGGAUCAGUUGGUGAUUGAUCCUCAAGUUAAUUCUGUAUGAUCUGGAAACCUCCCCGCCCCAGCCAUAAAAGCCACUCCUUCCCUUUUAAAAGGAAAUUUUGGCCUUCAUUCUGCUUGUCCAUCCCCAGUUCUAGUGGUCCAGUAAAAAAGAUUGGUGCCUCUACCAGAAUGUGAAGGAACCUGUCAGUGUAAGGCAUGUGUUCACCUGAGCAAUUCAUUCACAUGUGUCUAGUGAAAUAAAUGGCCAUGUUUUAGCAUGGUUACCAUUUUAAAGGCAAGAAUUGGAUUUUUCCCUGGGAUGUAUUUUCUACUGGGGGAUAUUGACCCAUGGGCUCUUUCAGUGCACACCCACUUGUGAAGGCAUUGGGCCUUGGGCUUUAAGUGGACUUUGUCACUGAACAGGGAAAUAUGAGCAUGGCAACAGAGCCCAGUAGCCUCAGUGCUAUCAAGCUGCCUGCUACAAGCUCUCAGAACUACUUCGUUAAAGGAGUUUAUAAUAAAAGGAGCAAAACUCUGAGGCAUGAACUCCCCAUUUGAGGGGGAGAAGAGAAUGUGUUGGGAAUCUAAGUGUGAGUGUUUGCUUGAAUGUGGGGUGGUCCAGUUCACAACCUCAGUAUGUGUAGAGAUAUUUUGGAGGAUGGACAAGAAACCUAACAAGCAAAACACAUACUAAAACCAAGACACUGGACUUUUUACCAUUUCCUUUAUUCUUCAGUAUUAAUGUUGUGUUUACAUGGGAUGAGGAGAUGAGGUUUAAUGCACUGCCCUUAGCUGGGCUAUUUGUAUUCGCUUGCAAUGUUACUAGAGAAAGCAGAAUUGACUAAAGUGAGAAGUGUGUCCCUCUUCCUAUUCCAGACCAUGUAGAACAGUACUUACAGACAUUGCUGCCUAGACUAUAUAAUGGAUCCACACUUCAUUGUGCUCAUUAUUUUAUUCUAUUUUCCAGUCAUUGAAUCUUCCUCCCCACCUCACCAUGCUAGAUCUUGGUUUUCUCUCUAAACAGCUACUUUUUGAGGGGUUUAUUUACAGCAACUUCAAAACACAAGUAAGCCAGGUGUUUACAAUACAAAUUUUGGUUAAUCAUACAAACAUUUAAGAAAAGAACAGCAAAAGAAAAAAGCAACUUCUUUGAGACAAGAAAUAAGACCAGGAGGGAGUCUGGAUGUAGUUGUUACAUUUUCCCCUGUGGGUGUGGACUGUGUAAGAAUCUAUCGCUUCCUACUUUUCCAAAUUGCUUUUCUCCUGUACUUAAUGGCUCACCUAAAAACUUGUGAGGAGUUAAGCCCUAGCAAAGGCAUAUUUAUAAAACAACCCCUCCCUCCCUCAUUGUUAAUCUGCCAUCCUUUCUCAAACUGAGUAGUGCAAUACUUCACAAAUAGUCCCAGUGAUUCUUCACCAGGAGUAAGGGUGGCAGAAUCUGUUCCUAAGGGUAUGUCUACACUUAAAACGCUGCAGUGUAAACACUACCUAUGCUGACGGGAGGUGUUCUUCCAUUGGCCUAGGUAAUCCACCUCCCUGAGAGGCGGCAGCUAGGUCAAUGGAAGAAUUCUUCUGUCAGCCUAGGGCUGUGUAUACGGGGACUUAGGUCAGCUUAACAGUGCUGCUCAGGAGUGUGAAUAUUUCACACACCUAACCAACGUAGUUAAACUAACCUAAUUUUCUAGUGUAGACAAGGCCUAAGUAGUCCAGUGGUGUGAAGUGCUGAUCUACCUUCUUGAAAUUCCUAGUCGGUCCCGCUGUAUAACUAAAGCUGUUCUAUGGCACUAGUUAAGUGCUGGAUGUUAAUUUCGUCUUUGAUUCACAAUGAUGCCUGGGGACAGGGGGAACACCAUUCUCCUGCAGUGCUAGUUAUGGGUUAGAUUGUACCACAAGGACACAACCCAUAGCAAGGGGAGGUGCCUUGUUGUGCCAUGCCAUUAGCGUCAUUAGCCACAAUUCUGUCCCUGCUCCCCCUUCUGGUGGGGGGGUGGGAGUGGGGCAAGUAGUAAUUUGUUGCUGGCGCGUACUGGCAGCAAAUUCUGACACCCCCGUUUUAGGCUCAGAUAUGUUGGCUGGUGUAAGAUGAGCGGCUCAGACUCUUCUAAUAGAUUAGAGUGUCAUAGGUUUUCUUUAUAGGAGCUGUGCUGGUUUAUUUGUAUUGUCAUAGUCAUCAAGGCGUGUUCUAAUUCUGUUUUGUAUGAGACUCUCAAUCAAGUUCCCUGGUACUGAAGUAAGGCUGACUGCUGUUUAAUUCCCAGGAUUACCCUCUGGCAUCAUUUUAAAAAAAUGUACGUGCUGCCCUCCAGUCCCCUGCUACAGUAGCGGAUUCUAAUGAGAGAUUGCAUGUUUAUAUUAGCAGCUUGGUUGCUUCAUUUGUUGAGUCCUUCUGAACUCUCUGAUGAAUACCUUCUCAGCCUGGAAACGUAAUGCUCUUUAACGUAUAGAUUUUUUUUUCCAGACCCUUCUCUUUUGACACCUUAGUCUACGACAUUUCCUUAUCUUUAUUUCCUGGAAAGAGUGAGUCUCUGGGAUAGAUAUCUCUGCAAUGUCCUUUGUGGAGAAGAUUGAUGCAAAGAAGGUAUUGAAUUCAUGACAGUGUCAUUAUAGCCGUUAAUUGCUCCCUGACCAUCCAGAGGACCCAACAGUUACUGCAGGUUUUCUGCUUCUGGCAGAUGGAGCAAAUUUGUUUUUAUACCUAUGGCUAUUUGCUCUUCAAAUUCCCUUUGAGCCCUCCUGGUUUCCAUCUUAAGUUUUAUAGUUCUUUCAACCAAGUUUUGAUUUCCCAUUUGUCUUGAAACUUACCAUUUAAUCAUACUUUUAUUUUCAUGUCCUCUUCCUUUUUUUAUUUGUUUAGGGGUAUCCAUGCCUUCUGUGAGUCUCUGAGCAUAAGUAUCCUCCAUGCUGAGUCUAAGGAUUUUAAUUUUGAUUUCGGACAUUUUUGACCUGCUUCUUUUUAAAUCCUGCUUUUCACAAUCAAGUGUCACCAUACUAGUUUUUGAUGUGAUUCCUCCCCAAAGGAUGCUGAACUGAAUUAUACCAUAGUCACUACUACUGACUAGGUCAACUAGAGUUACUUCUUGAACCAGCUCCUGUAUGUUAUUUAGGGUGCAGCAGAGUGCAAGGGUUAUUUAGGGUGCAAGCUUCUCCUCUUGUGUGUUCUAGAAAUAGCAGUUCCAAGACGCAGUCAUUCAAGGUGUUGAGAAAUAGGUUCUUGAAACUUUUUGUUUUAUGACAUUUGCUCAGCUCAUGUGUGGGUAGUUGAAGCUGUCCAUUAUUACUGUUUUAUUAGGCUUAGUUGCCUCUCUAAUCUCCCUAUACAUUAUUUACCUAAUAUCCUUUUCCUGGUCAGGAGGACAGAAAUAUAACCCUACUAGUGUAUUUGUAUUCUUCUAAUUUGGGGUUUAUGUCCCUGCACAUUCUACUCUGUGGACCUCUCCCCUCAGAAAUUUUAACUCAUUACAUUCUGUGGAAUCCUGUAAGCAUAGUGAGCCUCUCCCAUCUCUACAACCUGGAUAGUUUAUACACAGGUAUGGCUGUAUCCCACUGGCUCCUGACAUUCCACCCUGUUUCAGCAAUUCCUAUUAUCUCAAGGUCCUCACCCACUGCCGUGCAUUCUAACUCCCUUAUUUUUUCUGUAAGCGUCUCACAUUGUUAUAUAGACAUUUCUGGUUUUGCCCAUGCACUUAUUUUUCUUACAUUCCUUCAUCUCACACUCUGAUACUUUUCUGAAAUGUACCUCUGUAAUCUCAGCCUGUCCUUCUCCAGUUUGGCUCUAAUUGCCAUCCUAUUUUUUACUAGAUAAAGAUAUAUCUUUCUAUUACAAACAACCCUAGCAGCUGUCUUUGUCUGACCUGAGUCAUCCUUGGUACCUGUGAGAUUUCCUUCAGCUCCUGCUUUAACUAAUCCCCCCAAACCUUGCCAGUUUUGUGUGCCAGCCGUCUGGCUCCACGUAGUAUAUGUGCAUUUUUUUUUUCAAGUGGGACUUAAAAUCAUCAUCUGGGACUCACUGGGGUGAAGGAAUUUGCAGCUGCACCUGCAUUUCCACCACCAUGUUAGAAGUGAAGACUCUGGAUGCGUUCACAUCAUUUUUAAAGCACAGAUUAUUUAUGCAAUAGGUUCUCACAGCUUCCCGUGUGGUUUCUAUUUAAAUCACAGACAUCCCUUCAGUGACAGCGGCACCACCAUUUAAUAUUAAUUGCAGUGUAGUUUAUUGCAGUGUAGUGAGUUCUGUAUUAGAGGGAGAAGCAUAAUAAUUUCAUCAUGGAUGCAGCUGCUAUUUCUCUGCACAGGUGAAAAUAAGGCCUUAACACGACUGAGCCAUCAGUUUUCUAAAUGCCCUGUACAAACACAUUACAAGUGGUCUUCUGUUAGGUACAACAGUCAAUUUUAUAAUUAAAUAUAAAAAUAUGUUUUUAAUGUUCUUAUUUUUACAUGACUGUUUAUUCAAAUAUAACGAUAAACUUCUACCUGGAAGAUCAUGUGAUCUCCAGAUUGUGCCAAUUCCCCUAUCACCAUGGCCUGCCUAAUGGUCACCAUCUGUUUUUUAGCUGAGGAAGACUGUGCAGGACUCCUUGAGUUGUUGCCUUUUAAUCAGCAUCGAUACUAGUCUUAGAGACACUCCCUCCUACUCUGCCAGAUAUCAUAAGGGAUAUUCAUCAGAUUUCUAUGGACCAUCAACAGGACACAGAACUUAGCAGGUGGAGUGAGAUGAGGAUCAAUAGCUAUGAAGUGAAAUGGGUUCCAUUUUGUUUGAUUGUUGGAGUGCAGGAAAGGAGGAAAAAUUCUGUGGUCUUUGGUAUGUGUCUGCUCCUCAAGUUAAAAACCCCCAAAGUAUUUUUUUUAAAUCAAGUUUCUGCAUCUCUAAUCAACCAGACUGGAACAACUGAGUCAGUCACCCAUGCACAAUGAAAGCAAAUUAACCAACAUUUCCACUCUGGUAUCGAAGAUGCUGAAACAUCUUUGACAUGCCAGUAUUCUGCUUCUUUAUGUUAGGAACCUAUAAUGCGUAGGUAGAGUGUGGAUAGAAAUAUUUAAAUGCUUUACUGAAUCAGGACCCAAUUGACGAUUUUUUCAAAUUAACAUUAUAAGCAGUCAGAGUAGAAAGAAACUACUGGCCUUGUUCAGCCAUUACUGCUUGGGAAAGUGCUUAUAGUCAUGGAUCUAUGAUACCCUAUUUUUAGGGGACCCCCAACAUCAGAAUGCAGACACAGAAUGCUCAUUAAUGUCAAAAGGAACUUACUGUAUGUGCCAGUUAACUGGGCACAACAUUUUCAUCUUAAAAAUUCCCUGGACACAGAGUGUACUUGCCCUACAGAGUGUAGUUGCUGUGGGCUGUUUAAGAAAUAAUUUGCGAAUUAGAAAAAAAGACAAAACAUUUAUUCGAGUGAUGGACUACGUAUGUUGGUCGUUUAUCCAAAAGUACUUCUAAUUCCCGUAGUGGAACUCUUACCCUGUUCGUCAUGUAAGUAUGCAGAGUUUUAUAAACCCCAAAUUACAAGGUUAUGUCUUUUCUGUCAUGCCGCAUUGUAGUAUCCACUGUAAGGAUUAGAUUGAUUUAUUUUCCCCAGUUAAUUACCGUUUCAAUAAGGGAAUAAUGUCCUACUCCUUUUGACUCCUCCUAUACUGACAAGAAACGAUUGUGCAGUGCAAAAAGGCAAUGUUUGCGUCUAAUAAUCUGCUAGCAUUAAGGGCAUGGUUUAAAUCCAAAGAAGGGAAAUGGUUUUGACUUCAGGCUGAAACUCUGCUUGGACACACAGUCUUUACCCUCUGCUAGUUAUGCUUCAGAGUUGCAGAGAUCUCUAAACAGGUGAGACCAAAGAGUUCAAACCAAACCCUGGCUAUUUCCCUAGGUAUUACAGCAACAUAAUUCUCUUAUAAACAGUGCAUGUAUAUAUUUUUCCAUACAAAGAGCUACAUUAAAAGAAUGCUGUAAAGUGAAGCACUGAAAAGUUAGGAGAUGCCCAAAUUAAAGUUGCUCAUGCAACCUUAAUCUGACCCUUUGUGUGCAUGCCUUAUAAUACAAUCUUUAAGAUCACAUGCUAUUUUUUUCAGAGGACCCCUGCUUCAUUCAAUGCACGAGAUGGACGGUGCUCAGGGAAUGUGGCCGCUGUUGGUAUUUCUUUUUAUCCUCACUGGUAUUGAUCUUUGAAUAAUAUUUUAGUCUCCUUGAUUCUGAGCAGAGCCAGGCCCCCUUUUGCAAAGGGUAGGUUUAAACUUGGUCUUGGAAACCCUUUGGGAAAAUCAGUUAAACCCUAUGCAUUAAGCUUUGCGUGUAGAAUGCUUGGGGUUUCAUUCUAUAAGUCCUUCUCAUGUGUAGGGCCCUUUGUAGUCAGUGGGAGUUACACACAUGGAGGGCUUACACUAUUGGACCCUAAACAUGUGAAUUCUAAAAUGCAGUAAAUAAUGGCCUGUCUCAUUUUUUAAAAAGAGCCAAAAUACAGGAAGAAUAAGUGAGUGAAAACACCUGUUGACUUACCUCUGAAGACCGCUAAGUCACAACUGAACAUUAGUUUUGAGGUUUGUCCGGGAUCUGUGCCCUUUACUUAUUAACCACUAGACCACAUGGCUUCCCUAUUCUAAAUGAUCUAGGUUAUUGCAGAGUUUGCGAAGCUGAGCUUUGAGAUUAAACCAGCCUCGGCUCAAAGAUUCAUGAUCUUUGUUAGUUCUGCUGAUCCCAUAGGCAUUGCACUGCUGUGUGUGAGCAAAGGAGAAACACCGGAGGAAUGCAACAACUAUGGUAAUGGCAGCAAUCAGGACAUUCAUCCUUUCCAAACUCUGCCCACCUGAAGUCAACAGUUGGUUGGUUAGUUAAUGGCUGAAGCAAAGCUAGUGUCCUUGCAAGCUUCUUUUGCUGAUUUUGAGACAGAUUUAUUGCUGCAUCCGUUCUCGCUUGCAGUGCUCUAAAACAACUGACAUCUAAAGAAGAAAAAUUGAAAACCAGUGUAUCCUGAUUGUUCCUCUGGCUACUCAUCCAUACUAAACAAAACACAAGCCAUGAGUAGGCAGCAGCAUAUCAGGGUGUUUUGGUUUUUCUAGAAGAUCCAAGUGAUCUCUAUGUAUAAUCUACUCUUUGGGUAGACUUUGCUGUGCUUCACUACAGCUCAUAAAGAGUUCUCCAAUGAUAAUAGGUGUCUAUCACUCGUUUUUGGGACUCACCACCGUGCAGAUUCAGACUGAGGGCAUAUAACUUAUGUAAUUUCCCCACACACACAUAGACCCUGCCCAGUGCUUACCACUUACAGAAAGGCAUAAAAAUCCAAAUGGUACAGCUAUUCAAUGGUAAGGCAUGACAGUGUGGUUCUAGGGUCUGUGAUAUGCAGGAGAUUAGAGUAGAUGACCAAAAUGGUCCCUUCUGGCCUUAAAAAGUUGCACAUCCUGCUGGUAUUGGUUCACACUGAACUGUUUGGGCAGAGUUUGUAUCCUUUGCUUUUAAGUUUUGGGUUUGUUCAAAGUAAAGUAAAGCAAAGACAAACUAAAAAAUCAAUGGGUUUUGUUAAGAUUCGUGAGCAGCAUAUGGAUUUUGCAAAAGUUCAUAUUCAUGGGGAUUCAUCCAGGCCAGUAGACCUAACACAUAACCAACCAACUGUCAGAAAAUUUGUUGUGGACCCAUAGAACUCAGCCUUUUUUUAAAAACUUGUGCUUAUAGCGAAAGCGAGCAAAAACAGUUCAGUUUUAGUCUCAGUUAUCUGGGCCCAAAAAUAUUUCAGACAAAAAACUUUGCUGAUUUCAUUUCCACAUUUGUAUAAGAAACAAGCAGACUUCAGAGUCUUUUUGAAGUUUUGUUGCAAGAGGUUUGUACAGCUCUCUUCAGUUCCCAUCACACUUGGAAGUUUUCAGGACAUUGUGUGAAGCAGAAGACUAGAAUUGUGGGUCACUGGGAUCCUCCAAGAAACAGUUCAAUAAAAGGGCUAGACUUCCCUGUUGCCUGGAGUAUUGGUCUUGACCUUUGAGACUUCACAGGGGCUGUUCCUGUCUCAGUAGUUUCUCUGACUGUACGUGUGAAAGAACAUAGGUUCAUGAUAUUCCAUAUGGCAAGUUCUUUACUAAAGAUACACCAUCACGGUCCCUUUCUUUUAUGAAAAGCAAACGGGUGCUCUUCCACUUUUAGGCUUCUGCAUUUCUGCACACCCUUCUCUUUAUUCUGUGAUUUUGGCAGUUUUUAGUUAAGUCCAAACUUGAGAGGAAGUUGAGUGGUUGGAAGCCACAAGGAUGGGAUCCCGAUGUUUUAUCUUUAUUUUUUUAACAUAUUCCUAUUGUUGCAACUUUUCUGGCUCCUGACCCCCUGUGCCUCUAAACAUCAUUCCCAGGAAUUACUGUUUUUUAGUCAAAAGGCAGUAACACCAUGAGCAAUUGCACACAUACAUACAAGCACAUUGGGCACUCAACAUUUCCCCCACUUCGUGCAGUUCCUAUGUUAGCAUGAAAUUUCUUUAAGGCCAAGUGAAAUUUCUAAAAGGCUUGAUCCCAUGAUCUUCUUGCAUCCAGUCCAUCACACAUUUUACCUGUGCUUCACCUUCCCCACAUUUAUCGCUGGCGAUAGUGUCCCUCUCUCCCAUUACUUUGUCAGAUAUUUUUAAGAUAGUACAGUAUCUUCUCACAGCCUGUGGGCUGUUUAUGCUUAUUGUGCAGAGAAUCCACCUUUUCCUUGCUAACUUCUUGGGGGGGUUGGGGGGGGAAGGAAAGAGCUACUUUAACGUAAACAAAACCUCUGAAUGUCAGGAAUAGAGGGAUCAAGCCUUGAAUAUAGCACAAUGUUAAUAGCCUCAGAGGAAGGGGAGAUGCCUGAAGAUGCUCAGAAUCCUGUACCAAUCCUGCAUCCAACCUUACCAACCAUUGGGUGUGAGAUGCUAAUGAUGACUAGGGCCCCACCAAAUUUGUGGUUCAUUUUGGUCAAUUUCACGGUCACAGGAUUUUUAAAAUAGUAAAUUUCAUGGUUUCAGCUAUUUAAAACUGAAAUUUCAUGGUGUGGUAAUUGUAAGGGCCCUGACCCAAAAAGGAGUUGGGGGGGGGGGUAUCACAAGGUUAUUGUAGGGGAGUAGUAAUGGUGGCAAUACCAUGAUCCGCCCCCCAAAAAAUAACCUUACAACCCCCCUGCAACUCCCUUUUGUGUCAGGACCCCCAGUUUGAGAAACUCUGGUCUCCCCAUGAAAUCGGUAUAGUUCUAUAGGGUAAAAAGCACACAAAAGACCAGAUUUCACGGUCUGUGAUGCAUUUUUCAUGGCUGUAAAUUUGGUAGGGCCCUAAUGAUGACCAUGCAUAGCUUUGGGGAAAGCAAUGGCAUUGGAAGAUUUGAAAAGGCCCAUUUUAUUUUUUUCCCUUCACACAGCCAGCUGAUUUGUCCUCCAUAAAGCCAUCCCCUGGUAGCAUAUGUAGAAAUGAACCAAAUGGACAGCAAACCAGGUAACAGAGUACAUAAAUAGUUACUCUCCUUCCAAGCUUGCUGCAGGUUGCUGCAGCUUCAGUUUUUCCAUUUAGCUGACGUUCUCAGAAGAGUUCACAACAUGAAGGAGACUAACAGGUGCUGAGUGCAUUAAAAAGGCAAUGGACCGUUGUCCCUAUUUUUCUAAUAUGUCUACUAAGUUUUGGGUGCCUCCAUUUUUCAGUGUUCCAACUUGAGCUACCUAUAGCUUCCUUCUCAGAGGUGCUGAGCAACCACCGCAGUUUUUGACUCCAUUUGGAGACGAGGGUGUCCAGCUCCUCUAGAAAUCAGGUCCUAAGUGUUGCAAGUUGGGCAUCAAAAGUGUGUGGACAGUUUUGAAAAUGUCAGCCUAAGUGACUAAGAAUGAGUGAGUUGACCAGCCAUGGGAGCAGCAGCUUGUGUGCUUUGGAAUUCAAGGGCACUGUGAUGGACACAGCGUGCUAACAGACGAGAACACAUUGCUUUCGAGAAUAGAGGGAUGAAGAUCUUAAUAGUUGAUAGUUGAAGCAAAAUAUUACACAAGGCAAUGUGGGUAAGGAUAUUCAAAUGUCAUUGCAUCAUGCUACUGUUGUAGGGUUUUGCAGAGGUCAGGAACAGCAUAUGCAAUAUAUCUGUUGGCACUCUUCUAAUGACAUAAGAAAUGAAUCCAUAUGAAAGGAGAAACCACAUUUCCCCUCACCAAGCAGGGCUUGAUUUGACUCUGACUCCUUUUUGCCAUGACACAGGUAUUUUUACAUUCUUCAGGGGGAAGACUGGGAUUUCAUAAUCCUUACGGUGAGCGAUGCAGGAAGGGAGGCUCGUCAUUGCUUUGCAAGACCUGUCACAUGGAAGGAUUUGAAUUUUAAAAUCCUGUCCUUGUCUGUGCAUUACCCUAAUGGAAGGCCUCCUGUGUGAAUGAAUAGUGAACUCUUCAGUUUCUCUCCCACUGGGAGUGGGGGUGGUCCUUAUACUACAUUUCAGGACAGAAAAAGAAAAUCCAUCCAUUUUGUUUUACAAGCAACUCUUGAACAGAAGUGCUCCCUAGAGAGGGAUGACCUCUGUAUCCCCGUUCCCAAGCGCCUCAUCCCUCCAGGGCUGUUAGAUUGAGGCAACUGGCAUUUAACACAAAACACUUAGUUUACAUGUAUGCUUCAGUCUGUGUGUAAGUUUUCUAGGUGAUAAUUUUAUUGGGGAAAAUGCUGUUUAGAUUGUGCGUGCAAAAUAAAUGGCUUGUAAAUAUUAAAAACAAAAACAAAAAAAGUUUAAUUUUCAGUUGUGCAAUAAAAUUGUGAAAUAAUCCUCUCAA